AUGCUGGAUACUAGAGGCAAUGUCAAGCUGAUUGACUUUGGUGCCGCCACGUGGUUCAGGGCUGGGGAGAAGCUUAGGCGGUUCUGGGGCACACUACCAUACCUUGCCCCUGAAAGUGUCUUGCGGCAAGAGUAUGAGGGACCCCCGGUGGACGUCUGGAGCCUGGGGGUCAUCUUGUAUUUUAUGUUGACACAGAGCCUCCCAUUUGACUCCAUCUCCUCUGAGGACCUGCUGAUGCGGAUCACUCACGCAAGGUACAAUGUCCCUGACUCAGUGCCUGUCAGAGCCCAAAGGCUCAUCCACAGCAUACUGACUGUGAAGCCCCCCAAGCGGCCCACAGUCAAGCAAAUCUCUCGGCACCCAUGGCUGAAGCAGGAUGGGGAGCGUGUACCCCAACAGCAUAGUGAGGCUCUUCCCAAACACCCAGACCCCCAAAUAAUGGCGCUCCUGGUUGACAAUGGUCUCGAUCCAUACCAAACCUGGGUAUCUCUGGCCAAGAGAAAGUUUGAUGCAAGGAUGGCCAACUACUUGAUUCUGCAGCACCAGAAAAGCCAGGGGGUAGAGUGCAUGUUCCCAGGGAAGCCUGUCCCUCGCAGGGUUAGGCUUUCCUCUUGUCCUGCGGGUCUUUCCCGUGGCCCUGUGCUCCCAAGGAGGAGCACGAGUGAGCCUGCACUUCAAGCCUUGCCCGUGCCCCAUAAGCACCAGCUGCCUGAGGCAGCCAAACAGCCAGGGCAGGUGGGCAUCAGAAGGGCCAGCCUGCCUGCUCUUCCUCUCGACUUCCAGCCUGCUGAGGCCCCGCCCCCUGACGAAGCCUCCCAGUCUCACUCGUUGUCCUACUUGCCCAACCGCUGGAAGCGCCUGCUCAGGUUAGUAGAGACAGUCGGCAUCAGUUCCUUCCAAGAUGAAUCGUCAGAGCAACCCCGAGAACCCAGGAAGAGCUGGACUAGGAGGAUCGCUGACUGUGUCCAAAGACUGUGCUAUUGCAUGCCACGUGUCCGCAAUAGAGUGUUUCCAAGGGUUCACAGGAGAAGUGAGCCGGAGCCGGAUCAGUAG